CUAUUAUCUAUAAACCUUGAAUAUGAGUAAUCUUUUAUCUAUGUGUAUUUGUGAUUAUAAAGUGAUAAUCACGGUCUAAGAGUUUGAGUGAUUUGUUAUUGUGUUACAAAAUUAUUAAUUAAUGUUGAAUUAAAUUCCAAUUCUACAAUGGAUCUUUUAAAAGCUGAAAUAGAAAAGAAGAGAAAACAAUUAGAAAAUGCUAAUUUACUUAAUCCGAAUAGAAAAUUCUUUAAAAGAUCUGAUUUAUUAAACAAAGAACGAGAAGAAUACCUGAAAAAAAGUACUAUAAAAAUUGAAGGUCUUGAAAAUCCAGUCGAAAAACAAUCGUCAGGUAGUGGUGAUGAAAGUAAUAGUUCUACAUCUGAGAAACAUACCUUGUCAAGAAAAGAAGUAAUUCGUAGGUUGAGAGAUCGUGGUGAACCUAUUACAAUGUUUGGUGAAUCAGAACUUGAUUCUUUUAAAAGACUGCGUAGAAGUGAACUUGCUGAACCAGAGUCAAAUAAGGGUUUCAGAAAUGAUUUUCAAGAAGCAUUAGAAAAAGUCGAUCAAGACUAUUUAGAUAAGCUGAUGACAAAUAAGGCACCUGAAAAAACUUACACAGAGUUGGAAAGCAUGGAAGAAGCAAUGGCAACUUAUGAAACCAUUCAAUCUAAAGCUGGUAUUUUAGGAAGAAGGCGUGAUCGAUCUCAAGAUAUGGAAAUUAUUCUACAGCUUUUACAAUUGUUAUUGAAAAUGUGGGAGGUUCAACUUAACGCUAGAUCUGUUAAGGAAAAAGCUAGUACAAAAGGAAAGUUAGCGUUAGCUACUUACAAUCAAACACAAAUUUACUUGAAACCGUUAUUAAGAAAACUAAAAAACAGUAGUUUACCUGAUGAUAUUUUGGAUAGUCUUACACUUAUCACAAAACAUAUGUUAGAGAAAGAUUAUUUAAGAGCCAGUGAUGCAUACUUGGAAAUGGCUAUUGGUAAUGCUCCGUGGCCUAUUGGAGUAACUAUGGUCGGUAUUCAUGCUCGUACAGGACGAGAAAAGAUUUUCUCCAAAAAUGUUGCACAUGUACUAAAUGAUGAAACACAAAGAAAAUACAUUCAGGCCUUGAAACGUUUAAUGACUAAAUGUCAACAAUUUUUCCCAACUGAUCCAUCUAGAUGUGUUGAAUAUGCUCCAGAUACAUAAUGUAUUAUUAUAUCAAUACAUAAAAAUAUUAUUCACAUUGUAUUAUAAUAUUAUUAAGACUUAAGAUGAUGUAUCAUAUCUAAAGUAAAACUAAUGCUUUAUUUAACUAAUAUAAUUACAUAAUUUAUUGUAAAAAGUUAUAAAA